AUGUCCGGAACCACGAUGCCUGCAGACGGCGAGAGCCAGGAGGUGCAUUCGCCCCACGGACUUGUUCCAUGCUCCCCAUCGCGACUAGGAUCACCCGUUGAAGAUGCUGGUACGUACCCUGAGCUUCACUGCAGCUUGCUGGAACGAUGCGUUAUCGCAGUGAUCGUCAUCCUGGCCCAAUCAUACUCGCAGCCGGUUUCGGUGGGAUGCGUGACGGCACGGGAAAGGCCUACGGUUCAGGGGGCGGCUGUCGUGCGGGAGAUCGUGGAGGGCGGUCGCCCAGCUCCGACCAACGGAGUGGCGAUCCGGAGGGUAGCUCGACCCCCCGCGCGAACAGAGAUGGUGGGAGGCUAA